GAUUGUCCACCUAAGCACCAGUAAAGGGCUCCGUCUCUCUCGCAUGUAGCACCAUCUUCUUUGCCAUUCUAUCCGUAUUUCCACUCACAUAUACAUUCUUCAUACAUUGCCUCUGCCACCCUGGUUGAUUGACCCUGUUCCUCUUGGAUUUUUUAAAACCCUCUGCACAACCUCACAAGACUUGACCACGUUCCGUCCGGAUAUCCUCCUCCAAGAGCCAUGUCAAAACCCACUGUUCUCCUCAUUGGAGAUCUCGUUCAUGCAAAUAAAGAAUGGUCCGACCUUGGCCAAAAAUAUACCCUCCAAGAAUACCGCACCGGUGAUAGACAACAAUUUCUCCAGAACCUACGGGCCGGGAAGUAUGACAAUGUCGUUGCUCUCUACCGAUCCAAUACAUCCGUCUCCCAAACCGGUCCCUUCAACCAAGAGUUGGUCUCUUUAUUACCCUCGAGUCUCAAGUACAUCUGUCACAAUGGUGCCGGGUAUGACAAUAUCGACGUGGACGCGGUCACUUCCAGGGGGCUCAAGGUAUCCAGCACCCCAAUUGCCGUCGAUGAUGCCACUGCAGACGUCGGCAUCUUUCUCAUGUUGGGAGCUCUAAGGCAGGCAUGGACCCCCUUGGCCGCCAUCCGGGAGGGGAAAUGGAGAGGCAACACACAAAUUGGACAUGAUCCAAAGGGCAAAGUUAUUGGUAUCUUGGGUAUGGGCGGUAUUGGCAGAGCCUUUGCACACCGAGCUCGAGCUUUUGGCGCUAGCAUCAUCUACCACAACCGAUCCCAGUUAUCGAAAGACCUCGAGGGUGAUGCCCGCUACGUCACCUUUGAUGAAUUACUGGCUCAGUCAGACAUCCUCAGUCUCAACCUAGCAUUGAACCCCAAGACCAGACAUAUCAUCUCCGCUCCAGAAUUUGACAAGAUGAAAGACGGGGUCGUCAUUAUCAACACGGCGCGAGGGGCCUUGAUCAAAGAGUCGGAUUUGGUGGUUGCCUUGGAGAGCGGCAAGGUAUCUGCUGCCAGUUUAGAUGUGUUUGAAGAAGAGCCCAAGGUCGAUCAAGGACUUUUGAAGAAUCCAAAAGCUUUCAUUGUGCCACACAUUGGUACCAAUACCUUUGAAACACAGCGAGAGAUGGAGUUACUCGUCCUCAAUAACUUGGAGAGUGCUGUAGACAAGGGUCGCCUCUUAACUCCAAUCCCAGAACAGAGGGCGAGUUUCAACGGUCAUUUAUAGCCAGGGCAGGGCUCAGCUCCUGCAAGGUCAACCACAUAGAAGAUGGCUUGUCAAUUCUUUCGAGUCUAUACCAUGGUUGGAAAACCCAGCCAGAUGUGUUGUUCUUUGGGCACCUCGUAUUUCUC